AUGAGAAGUAAAAACUACUUCGUCAUCUUCGUGAUUUCUUCGAUAAAUUUAAUUCAAUGCCAAAUAACGAAUCAAUAUGAUAAAAUAUUAUCCAAUCAACCGGAUUAUAUCGAUGCGAAAUAUAUUCCAUCAGUGCUUCACAAUGAUAACAUUUAUUUAACCAUUCAAUAUAAAUGUUCAUCUCUAACACCACGUCGUAUUUCACUAUCAAUAGUUAUUGAAAGAACUCUGUAUCGAACGAAUUUAGCUAUUUUUCGUCGUUAUUGGUUUUGUCAUAAAUCACCUAAUGUUCAACUUCGCUAUGUUCGUGUACAGUUACAUCGUUCGAUAGCAUAUCGUUCGGAUCCCGACUUAAAUUUAAAAUCGUGGCCGAUAGAACAAGGUCAAUUAACACUCAUAAUGUACAAAAACGACCAAGAUAAACAAAAUGAAAUGUUGAAAAAAAUUCAAUAUAAUGUAAGAUUUUUACCAGUUCAUAAACGGCCAAGUAUGCGUUCAUUUCGAUGGCAUCCAUUGAUAAAUAAAAUCAGAAAUUCUAUCUGUCCGGUAGAGCCAGAAGUUAUACGAAUAAUAGAGUAUCCAUUGGUACUUACAGGUCGUACUUAUGGAAAACACUUCGUACUUCCAACGUAUCACGAUUACGGUAUUCGAUUGGAACAAAAAAUAAGAUUAACAAGGCCACGAUUUUCAAUCAUAUUUUGGUUAUAUAUUGAUGAAUAUUAUGCUUCAGGAUCGCUUGCGAUUCAUAGCGCUAUUCUACAAUAUGUAACAUUCAAUAAUACAUAUUUAACGCCAGGAAUUUUUCUCAAUCGAGAAGGUAAAAUUACCGUCACUAUGUUUGGAAAUUUAUAUGAUCAUAGGGGAACUGGAGCACGAACUGUUGAGUCAAUAGUAAAAAAAGAUUGGUGUAGAGUGGCUUUCAUUGUUGAUGAAUAUAAAUGGAAUGUUUAUAUAAAUUGCCUUCAAACUUGGGAUAAACCUACAAUAGCUGCACAUGAUUCUCCUAUUUAUUAUUAUUUUGAUGAUCAAUUGGGAACAUUCAUUGUAGGCGGUAAUGAUCUAACGCCGUCAUUUCGAGGAUUUAUUAGUCAAUUAGAUAUCUAUCGACGCAUAGCUCUUACAUAUGAACAAUUACCGAAAAAGCUUGAUCAUUCAUUUAUGCCAUAUUUACCGUCUAUAAUACAAAACUCAAGUGAAUGCAAACGCCAUUUGAAUUCAUUUACACAAUCUCGAGAACAAGCUGAUCUUUUUAAUAAACGUAUUCAACAAAAAUUUACGUGUGAUGCUCAGCCAUUUCUAUUGAAGAAACCUAAUCGACAAUGUUUGCUUGUUCGUGCAUGGAAAAAUAAUUUAUCGUUACCAGCAGCAUCGUUUACUGAUACUCGCUAUCGAAUUUAUCGAGCUUUGCGACGACGAAAAGUACAAUCUAUGUUGGAUGUAGCUAAUAAACUUUAUGAUUUAACAAUGGAAAUUCUUGCAAGCGAUGAUUUUGAUUCAUUCUGCAAUCUUAUUAUUAGUUGGUCUGAACAAGCUAUAUGUUAUGGACAUCCAUCAGCGCCGUCUCUUCUAGCUACGUUUCAUCGCUUUGGUCUUUGUGGUCUUGAAUCAAAUUCAACACGAGCGCUUGAAUUAUUAUUUACGGGUGCAUUACUUAAUGAUCGAAUUAGUUUACUUGCACUUGGACAUCGACAUUUUUAUGGACUUGAUGGUGUUCCUCUCGACUAUGAUAUUGCAUAUGUUUAUUAUCAGCAAAUGGCUGAAACAUCGCGACAAGAAUUAUAUUAUCCAAAAGCAGGCGAAGCAUCUAUGGAGUAUAUUCUUCUUACUGAUGAGAAACUUAUUGGUGAACUUACAUUUGAUAAAAGUGAUUCAUUCUACUGGCUACGACAGCAAGCAAGACGUGGUGUUGCAUCAGCUCAACAACAUUUAGGUUCAUUGAUGUAUACUGGCCGAAAUGGUUUAACACGCAAUAUUCAAGCUGCUGUAGAAUAUUUUCGUUUGGGUGCUGCUCAACAUGAUGCUUCUUCGCAUUUUGGCUAUGGAUUAGCGCUUCUUAAAGGACACGGUACAAAGAAAAAUGUAGCUGAAGCUAUUCAACAUAUUGAAAAAGCUGUUGAACAUGGUUAUCUUGGCGCUAAAGUUGCUUUAGGAUAUCACGCAUAUGAGAUAGAAAGAAAUUAUACAAAAGCAGCACAAUAUUGGAAAGAAUGUUUUGAUCAAACUCAUGAUGCUCAUUGUGCGCAUAAUCUUGGUGUUAUGUGGACAGCAGGCCAUUAUCCUCCGAAUUAUGUUGUAGACCAUGUUCAAGCUUGGCAAUACUAUUCGUUUGCUGCACAACGCGGACAAGUCGAUUCAAAAAUUGUUGUAGCAUAUUAUAAUGCUCGUGGUGGUCAUCCUGUUAUUAUCAGAAAUCCUCCUCUUGCUGCUAUUUGGUCAUGUAAUGUUGCUGAAGAAAGCUCAUCGGUAGGCUCUGUUGUUCGACGAGCACUCGAAGGUUAUCGAGAUCGGCGAUGGUAUUCAUCAUUUGUGUUUUAUUUGCAAGCUGCAUUGGCUGGUAUUGAACUUGGAUAUUUUAAUGCUGGAUUUUUAUGUAAUGAAUUAAAAGAAUUACGCUAUAGAAAGUCAAAUGAUUGUAUCGAAGAAUUACUUAAUCGAUAUUUACUGGUACAUAGACAAAAUGUAAACGUCGAUUCUUAUGCUUUAUUGAACGUUGCUGAAUAUUAUCAAUGGAAAAAAAGAAAUUUUACUAAAGCCAUAGAACUUUAUGUUCAAUUGUAUAGAAAUGGCGAUGCUCAAGGUUUAUAUCAUCUGGCUCAAAUAGAAGAAACUAAUCCGAACAAUACAAUACCAUGGCACGUCUGGGUUCAAGUUGGUGUUAGAUUUGAUGAAAAAACAAUAGCAAAUCGAUAUCGACGAUUACAAUUUGUUUAUCAGCACUGUCGACAAUUGAAGACAGAAAAGUCUGAUGAAUCGUAUGUUCCUUGUACAUUAGCCUAUUUACGAAUUUCAAUGCUUAUUCUAUUGACUGAAUCAUCCAAGUUGAUUUUAACAAUAAUUCUCAUGAUAUUAUCAAUAUUCUUAUUUAUAUUCCGAACAUAA